UAUAUGCUGUAAAAAUAAUAUAGUAGUUGCAUGUUUUGGCCUUCAAAAGUGUUAUAUAACUAUAAGCCAAAAUUAUUCCUAUAUACGACAUCUUUUUCGAAUUUCUCUCAAAAAUAUUUCAUGUAAUUUAGACUUGAGGUCUAUUUGUGAAGGCUAAGAAUUAAUUAAAAGAUAAGAAAAUCUUAUUAUAUAUAUAUGUUUUGCAUGUGAACUGAGACUAAAACUUAAAAGUAAAACAACUGAAUCUCGGACCUAGUGCGAUUUGAUUGUUGUAUUACUAUUAUUUCUUAUUCGUUAGAAUAGAAGUUAACUGUACUCGUUAGUCUCCAUUUAAAUUGUUAAUUAUUAGUUGCUAACUAAGUUUAAACUUAACGUUAGACAGGAAUACAUAUACAUAUGAUGAGUAAAAUGAUACUAGGUCGUAUUGGAGUUUUCCGAUCAGGUUUCUCUAAUACAGUUAAGACCCAGCCACUUACGUGUGAAUCAAACUUCAUCAAUAAGGUACACAAUUUAUGGCAAGGAUCAAGUACUCGAACGAGACAUCUUGCAAGCACUAUCAUAGACAGUUCUCCAGGUAGCCAUCAACGACAACGUAGAUCAGUCUCUUCUCAAGCUCAACCUGGUGUUGAAAAAAGAAAAAAAGAACAUGUUUUUAAGGCAAAUUUUGAUUGGCAAGAUGCAUUCAACUUGGAUAGUCAGCUUACGGAAGAGGAACAGUUAAUCAGAGAUCAGUUUCGUACAUACUGCCAAGAGAAGCUAAUGCCUAGGAUUCUGAUGGCCAAUAGGAAAGAAAUAUUUCACCGAGAAAUCCUCCCAGAAAUGGGGACAUUAGGAGUUCUUGGCCCUACUAUAACAGGUUAUGGAUGUGCUGGAGUUUCUUAUGUGGCUUAUGGACUCAUUGCACGAGAAUGUGAACGAGUGGACAGCAGCUACAGAUCAGCUAUGAGUGUACAGUCAUCCCUGGUAAUGCACCCUAUCUAUGCUUAUGGCACAGAAGAACAGAGGGAAAAGUAUCUUCCAAAAUUAGCCCGUGGGGAGUCGAUUGGAUGCUUUGGUUUGACAGAGCCCAAUCAUGGCAGUGAUCCAGGAAGUAUGGAAACAAAGGCCAAAUAUAACUCCAGGGAUAAAGUUUAUGUUUUGAAUGGAAGUAAGACAUGGAUUACAAAUUCACCAAUAGCAGAUGUAUUUAUUGUUUGGGCCAAAUGUGAUGAUAACAUAAUUCGUGGUUUUAUCUUGGAAAAGGGAAUGCAAGGUCUGACAGCACCAAAAAUUGAAGGAAAGUUUUCUUUGCGUGCUUCUGAUACUGGCAUGAUUAUUAUGGAAGAUGUUGUUGUUUCUGAAGCAAAUCUCCUUUCUCAUGUAGAAGGGUUAAAGGGUCCAUUUGGUUGCCUCAACAAUGCCCGAUAUGGAAUUUCCUGGGGAACAUUGGGUGCUGCUGAGUUUUGUCUUGAAACUGCUAGGCAGUACACCCUGGACAGGAAGCAGUUUGGAUGUCCGUUAGCUAAAAAUCAGCUAAUCCAGAAGAAGUUAUCAGACAUGUUGACAGAAAUUUCAGUUGGUCUUCAGGCAUGUUUGCGGGUUGGGAGGCUGAAGGAUGAGGGCAGGGCUACUCCAGAAAUGAUAUCACUGGUCAAGCGGAAUUCAUGUGGAAAGGCUUUAGAUAUUGCUCGUACAGCACGAGACAUUCUUGGAGGAAAUGGAAUUUCUGAUGAAUACCAUGUCAUUAGACAUGUCAUGAAUCUGGAGGCAGUGAAUACAUAUGAAGGGACCCAUGACAUUCAUGCUCUGAUCUUGGGAAGAGCAAUUACUGGUAUUCAAGCUUUUACAGCUGAUAAAUAGCUACUAUGGACUGCAACAUAAAUACAUUUGUUUAGUUUCUGGAUGUGGCAACAGUUAAACUAAAUAUCUUGACCUUGCAUGUACAGUUUAAAAAUUGGUUCUCUGAUAUUUGUAAAUGUACUAUACAGUUAAAUAUGUAAAAAUUGAAGAUGCACGCCUUAUUUGAAUGAGAUUCAAUUAUUAUCCAUCCUCCAGAGUUUUAUAUGAAAAAUUUAUUAAUAGAUAUAUCAAUUGGAUUAAGUGUUUUGGCAGUCACAUAUAUAUAUAUUUUUACAGAGUAACACUGGAGUGCCAAAUGUUAAAUAAUAAACAAGAUAUCAGAAUUUGCAAACUUUGAUUUCAUUAUACACUUCCUUAUCAUGAGCUAACUUAAAAAUUAAACUUUUUAUUAGUACUUUUUGAGUUUUCUUUUUCAGACUAUUAGUUUUCUCUCCAGCUAAUUACUGUUUAGACAGAAACCUAAUUUGCAAGUUAUAUAGUUUUAAAACGCUUAUGGCCAAUCCCAACAGAUGUAAUAUACGAGGAUGUUUUCAGUCUGAAUAUGUAUAGUUCAUGUUAAUAAAGAAUGAGUACAAGUUCAUCCCUAACUUUAAGGAUCAUUUGGUAUUAUAUUAAGUUACUAUAAAA